AUUCUCGAGAUUAGAAAGGCGACCGUGGCAUAUACAAGGUAAAACAACGUGGGCAAGUCAACCGUUGCACCUUCGCCGUGCAUGUCCGAAAACACAGACGAAAUCAGACAGUGACCAACAAUGACGGCCGUGAGUGAUUUUCGAAAAGUUCUGGAGGAUUGCCAGCAGUCUCAUUUACUGAAAUACUGGGAUGAACUGAAAGAUGAAGAAAAAACGCAGUUCCUUAAACAGUUGAGUACUAUCAGAUUCGAUGAGGUGAAUAGACUUUUUAAAGAAGCCCAAUCUUCUUUGACAGAAGAAGUGACAAAACUAGAUAGCAAGAUGAAGCCUUUACCGUCUGACAAAUUUGAAUCCGAAGAAGGGAUCAACGCCAAACUUCUUGAUGAAUAUAGAACAGCAGGUCUGAGAGAAAUUGCAAACGGUCACGUAGCUGUUCUGCUUAUGGCUGGAGGACAAGGCACCAGACUGGGGGUGAGUUAUCCAAAAGGAAUGUACUCAGUUGGUCUUCCUUCAGGAAAGACUCUAUUCCAAAUCCAAGCUGAGAGAAUCCGCAGGGUUGUGAGCCUUGCGAAACAACAGACUGGUUUAGCUGGAAAAAUCUGUUGGUAUAUUAUGACUAGUGGCCCUACAAAUAAAACCACUGAGAAGUUUCUGAGAGAAAACGACCACUUUGGAUUGAAGAAAGAAGAUGUUGUUCUCUUUCAGCAAGGACUUCUGCCAUGCUUUGAUUUCAACGGAAAAAUCUUUCUGGAAGAAAAACACUCUGUUUCCUUGGCUCCAGAUGGAAAUGGCGGAAUAUAUAGAGCACUUAGAGACAACGGCAUUUUGAAGGACAUGGAACACAGAGGAAUAAAGUACGUCCAUGUUCACAGCGUUGAUAACAUCCUGGUGAAGGUAGCAGAUCCCGUGUUCAUUGGUUACUGCGUCAAAAAAGGAGCCGACUGUGGAGCCAAGGUGGUGAAAAAAUCUGGACCUUCAGAGGCGGUUGGUGUAGUGUGUCAGGUGGAUGGUUCUUUUCAGGUUGUUGAAUACAGUGAAAUCACCGAACAGACCGCUAAUCUCAGAGAUGAAGAAGGUAACUUAGUGUUCAGAGCUGGCAACAUCUGCAAUCACUUUUUUUCUACGAAAUUCCUGAAUGAAAUCGCAAACAACUAUGAGUCCAAGCUGAAAUUGCACGUAGCGAAGAAAAAAAUUCCCUAUGUGGACGCGGAUGGCACUAAGGUCAAGCCCACGACUAGCAACGGUAUCAAAAUCGAGAAAUUCGUGUUCGACGUUUUCCAGUUCACUGACAACUUCGUCACUUGGGAAGUUCCUCGCAAUAGUGAGUUCAGUGCUUUGAAAAAUGCUGAUACUGCGGAUGUUGAUUGCCCGCGUACCUCGAGGCGCGAUUUGUUGAAUUUGCAUAAGAGUUAUAUUGAAAAUGCGGGUGGGAAAGUUUCCUGUGACGGAGUGGAAAUUUCUCCGUUGUUGUCUUACGCUGGCGAGGAUAUCGAGGAUCGCGUAAAAGGGAAAGUAUUCGACAAUAAGACUGUGAUAUUAUCUAACGAAGAAGAAUUGCUAAUGAACAAUAACGAUUACAGUAAGGAAAGUAUCAAUAACCUAAAUGGGAUUCGUCAUUAGUUGAACAUGAAAAUAUAUAUAUAGAAAGUAAGUGGCGAUAUUUUAUUCUCAUAGAGAGCUGAAGUGAUUUAAACUUUUUUUUUCACCCAACUUAAGGCGAAAUUAAGUAAUUACAACAACUAAUUGAAUCCUUGAUUCAAUUAGAAAUGAACCAGAUGUUAGACAUGUUAGACACGGUAACUUUCACUCUCAUCCAUGUCCUUGAUGUGGAAGAAUUAUUUGAGGAUUUUCCUAUAGUGAAGAAGUCAAAAUUCAAUUCAAUUUUGCGAAUUAGAUUUUUUCUGUCAAUUAUGAGAAGAAGUUUUAACAGUAUUUUUCAUUGAAUUUUCUGGACUAGGAUUUAUUUCAAUUGUCAUGAGCUAGUUGGGAUAUUUAGAUAAGUGAUUACACAAAUGUAAUCACACUGAGUGAAAUUUGAUUUUUGUUUAUUCAUUUAUUUUUUCCCAAUUCAUUUCAUUAUGAAAUUUCCUUUGAAUCCAUUAUACUUCUACUUGAUCGUUUUCCACAAAACCUGUGUGAUGUUUUGAUUCUACAAACAUGUAAGUACUAGAUGCGAUACAGUUUGUUAAAGAAUUCAUGAUUUCAAAUCUCAUAAAUUCGAGUGGAAUUUUUUUUCAUCAUUCUAAUUCUGUAUAGACUAUUAUUGACUAUCAAAGAUGUAUCAAUAUUUUCAAAUCACAACUGUUCAGUUGGUUUCAAAUUCCAUAUGUAUUAAAAUAUUGAAUCAUGG